AGAGAGAGAGAGGAGCAAACCCACAGCACGUUGCCUGUGAAGCGUCUGGUGUCUGCCCAGCAGAUUUACAGAACUCCUUCUAGUAGAUCUAGAGAGAGAAGGAGAAAGUGAGGCAGCGAGGCUGAGAGAGAGAGCAGGAGGGAUCCUACAGCGAUUCAAACGCGGCACCUUUGAGAAGCGGGAGCGCAGGGUGGUCAAGCACCAGCAGAUACUCCUAACGCCUCGGGCCACUCUCCUUGGUGCUUGUGCUGUGAUCCACCAGAAGCGUGGGAAGGUGGACGCCCCAGCGGAGGAGGACAAGAGGGAAGAGAGAGAGGGGGCAUCCCGGCACCCACGUGCCGACCGAGCUUGCGGCGAAGGUUUAGGGUUGACGGAUGACUACAGGUGCUGGGGCUUCCCCAAAAGGCGAGUCUGAAAGAAUCCUGAAACAGCUGUCCUCCUGCCCUGAAGAUACACCCCCCUCCCAAGGCUGAGGCAGACAGCGUGCUGAAGACAGUCUGGAAGCACAUGCCAAAUCUGUCCUCCCGACACAGAAGCCUCUCUGUAGCCAGACGUGUGGCAUGACAAACGCUGACGCCCCUGCAGCCCAGUAUUAUGGGACUCGAGGUCACACCAAGAGAAGAAAAACUGUCAUCCAGCAUCUGAAGACACUGGGUCUUUGAGUCAUUUCAAUUGUUGGGAAACUUGGACUGGCCAGCCAGGCUUCUGAGCUCUUGGAUGAAGGAUAUUCAUUAAGAGCAAAGCUCUUCUCAACUGAGAAUGUGACAGACGGUUACACAUCAGGAUCUGCUCACAAUCCCCAGGUAAACCAAACAUCCUUGGGCCAACGGUCAACGACCAUCUUGUCGUUCUUCCUCAAGAUCUUGUUUUUUGCAAGCCAUGCCGGCCAAAACACCCAUCUACCUGAAAUCCACCAACGGCAGGAAAGGCAAGAAGUGCCGACUCAGGGAUAUCCUAUCGCCCGACAUGAUCAGUCCCCCCUUGGGAGACUUCCGCCACACCAUCCACAUUGGAAAGGGUGGAGAACAGGAUGCUUUUGGGGAUAUGUCCUUUCUUCAGGGGAAGUAUGAGCUCCUUCCAGGGAAGUCAGAGCGAACCGUCCCACAAUGCCACAGUGAAUUCCUGAGGGCCAACAGCACUUCUGAGGCCUCCUCUUUGGAGACCCCUUCCCCAGUACUCAAAAACGCCAUCUCACUCCCCACCAUUGGCGGGUCCCAAGCUCUCACUCUGCCCCUCAUCUCCAUCAUGCCAAUGCCUCCAAACCCAGACCCCUUCGACUGCGAAAGCCUCCCACCUUCCAACUUUCUGAAUAAGAGCGAUGAUCUGGAGCCAAACACGCUGCUCCUGUCCCUCAAUGUCCUCGGAUCCAACCUGGCUGAAGAGACCACAAGCACGUCGAGCUUUUUGUGUAAUAUGUUCGAGAAGCAGAAGGAAACCCCAAAGCUGAAGUCAGUUGGAAAGGCUGUCAGCAGCGAAAAUGGCUUUAAUGUCAGGUCAUACCACAGCAAUGGCAAUGGUGCCAUACACUUUGGAAAGAAAUGUUCCGAGAAUUACAGUAACUGGCUGGAGAGUAAAAACAAAGAGGAAGACAGGAUUAAUCCUUUCCAAUAUGACGUACUUGCUAAGAAGCAGCACGUCUCGCAGGAUUCCAUUUCCAAGAUCAAUGGCUCGUUGCUCUCACUCGAACUUGAUUUAGGACCAUCUAUUUUGGAUGAGGUGCUGAACAUAAUGGACAGACCAAAGACUGAGGUUCAGCCAUGAGUGCGAGCAAGGGAAUCUGCAGAAAAAUAAUGACAAAAGACUCAAUGUUGACUCUUUAAUUUCCAUAAAGCUGGACUUUUUAAGCCAGAACACUUUUUUAAACACAUAUCUUAGUUUUACCAUUUUUCCUCUGUGAAACAAGGUAUGCAGAUAACAUGUGUUGUUAAUACUGGCAGCCAUAACAAAGAUACUGUGCCUUUAAUUUUGUACACAAAUUGAGAUGGAAUCCGGUUUAUUGCAGCCUGAACCAUCCAGUGUUAUAGAUAGAUCAGCAGCGGUACUGUUUUAGGUAUGGGUUGAGGGGUUUCUAUGUUGUUGAGACUUCUUGCUUUUUGUUAACGCCAUUGCUUUUUAAUAAUUACGCUUUGCUGAUUAUUUUUAUUUUUUUUCAUCAAAGAAACAAGCAUUCUCUUUUUUAAAAAAAAAGUCCAAACACAAAAAUCAUUUAUUUAUAAAGAGCUCAUAUCACUACACCAACAAACAACAUAUGCAUAUACUGUUUUUAUUCUGUCAAUAUAAUAAAGUCUUUUUUUCCAAGUU